UCUGCUCUGCUUCCCUCCUCACCAGGUCUGCAAUGCUCCGGUCCUCUCUGUAAGAUCCCCAUCUUUCCCUGCUAACAAAGCCUAGUUUUACCAUGUGGUAUUUUUCUUGGACAGGACUUGAGGAGUAUGACAUGUAUGUAUGUACGUGUGACAUUUUUUUCCCCCCAGGUUCCAGAGAUAACACAUCUCCCAGUGCUGACAGAGGUGGGCCCUCUCAGUUACAGACUAAAACCUGCUCUGAUGCUGACACAGAGAAGACAACGUCUGUCACAGUUAAGCAUGUUCCAGAAUUCUCCAGUGAUGAGGUUAGCCCUCAGGACAGCUCCCAGGCAGAAAGCUUUCAGGCCAGCCAGGAAAACCUGUGCUGUGGGGUCAUCAGGCCUGUCCCCGUGGAGAAAAAGCCCCAAACCUCCCGAGGCAUGAUGAAGCUGCGGAGACGGACAAAGGCUCUGGAAUCAAAAGAAAGGGAACCUGUGCAUGAUGUGCAUCUGAUGAGUGCUGGUGAAAUGAUGAAAAAUCAAAUUGCCAGUGCAGAGGAACUUCAGUCACCAGUGUUCAGGCGCAGCAGCCUCUCACACACUGAGGAACCCGCUGAAAGGGCACCUGGGGCACUGCUUGUGCAGGGAGAAAGAAACAGUUUCACUCCUGAUGUACCAUCAGGGGUUGUACAGGAUGUGUUUGAGAGCAGUGUCACUGCACAAGAGCCUGAGCCAUCCCCACAUGUGCUGAGGGACAGCAGGGACACCUGGCAGCCUGAAUCCCCAGGGGCUGUGGCCACACCUGAUAGACAGGAGCCGUGUUCACAGCAUGGAGACUCUGUUUUACUUGACCCCAGAGGUGAUGGUGGAGAAGAAUCUCCCGGUAUAAUAAAGCAGCCAGAAGGUCAGAAUUUGUGUGAAGAUCAGGGAGAAUUACGUGGGCUCCUGGAUUUAAUGUCAGAAAAUGAAAUACUGCUUGACAGCAGAAAUAACACCAUAACCGAGGAGAGCAAAAACCAUGAAGGACAUCAAAGUGACACUAACACCUUAAAUCCCUGUCCUGCAGAUAAUGCUGUGGACAGUGCUGAAGAAGUGUUGGAGAAUCAGCAGGCUGAUGUUCAGUCGAGGCUCUCUCCUCCUGACAAUGCUCCCGAGGGCACGCUGAGCUCUUGCACAGUGGUUGAGGGGCUGCUCUUCCCCGUCGAGUACUACGUCCGCACAACUCGCCGCAUGUCGAAUUGCCAGAGGAAGGUGGACCUGGAUGCUGUCAUCCUCAGCCAGCUGGGCAGGAACAAGAAAGGUCAGCGGAGUAAAUGCAGGCAGAAAGAUGCAAACCCCAAUCAGCCCUCGCAAGAGAGAGCCGAGGGUGAUUUGGAGCCUGGGGCUGUGGCCUUCCCUUUUCUUGAGGCAGAAAAUGAUCAAGCAAACUCAAGUAGUUCUCAGAAAUCUCUUCCUGCAUCUGGCAGCAGCAGCACUUCUCUUAAAUCCAUUUCUCAGAAAAGCAUCCCUAGCACAAGGCAAGAGCAGAGACAAUCCCAGAAAAAACAGAAGGGAAGAAGAAAGUCUGCCUGCAGAGCCCUCAUGCAUGCAGCAUCACAAGAGCUUAUAGAGAGUCAGGAUCCCACAGCAGCCAUUGGAAGCAGUGGUCUGCUGUCAAAUGAGAACCAGAGUGAGAAGGAAAACUGUGAUGCUAACCUUGAAAGGUCAUCCUCAGAGGAGAGGAGAGUGUGUGGUGCUGCAGCAUUGGGGUCUGCAGGGACAGGAGUGACUGGAGCUACACAGCCAGAGGGUCCUGACCCUGCUCCGGGUGGGAGCCAAGUGCCAGGCAAAUGCCAUAAGGCUCUGGUAGAGCGGGUUCAAAACCCCCUCCAGAGCAGUGAUUCUCUGAGCCCAGAGAGUGACACCUCUGCCAGCUGCGUGGGAGAUGUGGAAGCCAACGCUGCUGUGUGUCAGGGAGACAAACAUCCAGUGGGGCGUGUGAAGAGGCAGCGAGGAGCCCGUGGGGCUGGGCAGCUCCCCGGGGUCAGUGUCCCUGUGCGCCGCUCCCCGCGCUGCUCUGCGAGACACGGGGCCCACACGGGCUCACCAGAUGACAGCAGCAGAAGACACAGCUGUCCCAUGGGUUCACAGGGUCCUGCUGCCCUCAGGCUCCCUGCUGUGGACCCUGACACUCGUGGCUCCCUCUUCUCCUUUCGCAGCCUCCAGUGGCUGGUCCCUCAGCUGGGCAUCAGGGACUUCCACUUACCAAACGAGGAGUUUGGAGUACUGAAACUGGAGAAAUUGAAAUCUUCUCCUGUGAAUGACUUGGAGGAUUUUGUGUCUGGGGAUGGUGUGGCUCCAGAGGACACACCAGAUGCACAAAUGAAGCCGAAAGUAAAAGGUCUCAGAAGUAAUUUGAUUUCACCUUCCAAAACUGGAUUGCCUGAACUCCCUUGCAUGGGAAGCCCAGUGUCCAAGAAGGAGCUUUCCACCCAUGAAUUGCUGUUUACUCCCUUGGGGACUGUCUUAGCUGAGGCUCCCACUCACCCUGAGUCUCAGAUUUCCUCAUCUGUUUUCCCUGCUGUGGGUGCAACCCCAGGUGUUUUACCUUCAGUGCACACUGAGGUCACGGUGAGGGACACACCUGUACCUGCCUCAGCGACCCCACCUUCCCCCGGAGGAGCAGCUGCCCUGGUCCUGGGGGAUGUGGCACACAGAGACCCUGCUGUGCCACUGCACCCUGACAGCUGUGCUGCAGGGGCUGCCACAAACCAGGAGGAGCAAGGCACAACAUUUCCUUCUGCAGCUGAAAGAGGUUCUGAGAAUAAAUCUGAUGAGAUUGUGUCCUUGGACAAGCUUCAGCAGCCAGAGAACAAUGAGCAGGAAUCCUGCAGAGCUUCACCUGAGCAGAAGAAAGAUACAGCAGAACAGUUGACUCCAGUGCUGCUGGACGGCCCCAGAGAAGAGAGCUUGCAGUUUGUGUCAGAGCUAAAGGAUUCCUCGUGUUCAUGCUCUGUGGAUGUGAGCACGGUGUGGUGGGCAGCUGCUGGCCACAGGGAGCUGCGAGUGGUCACUGCCUCCGAGAGCACCGUGUCCCUCUGGCAGCCCCUGGCACCUGACUGCUGGGCCAAGGUCUACACCUGGCACCUGAGAGAGAUUCCUGUAAUCCAGAUUGUUCCUCUGCCAGACACCUGUAACCUUGUGUGUGUAGCAUUGGGAGAGCUGGAGAUUGGAGAAAUAAGGCUCCUGCUUUAUUCUUCUGAGACUGACUCUUUCGAGCACUCCCUAGUGAAAACUGGGAAUAUAAAAGCAGUUGUUGGACUGAAGGACCGGAGGCUGGUGAGCAGCAGCAGAACCAUGCAGGAGCAGCAAGUGGAGAUGGUUUCACUCUCAGAGACAGGGGGGAGCAAGGACAGGCAGGCUCUGAUGCCCCCUGAAGAAACUGUUACAGCCUUUGCUGAAGUAGAAGGGAUGAGAGAGGCCCUGGUGGGCACCACUGCAGGGAACAGCUUUGUGGUUUGGAAUCUGAAGACAGGUCAGCUCCUGAGGAAGAUGCACAUUGGUUAUUCCUACCCAGCUUCCAUCUGCCAUCGAGCAUAUUCUGACUCUGGCCUGUUGUUUGUUGUUUUAAGCCACCCUCAUGCCAAAGAGAGCGAGUCCUGUGGAAGCCCAGCAUUCCGUGUGGUGGCCUUCAACCCCCGCACGGGCCGGAGCGUGGGGGUGAUGUUCUCCUGCCUCCCCCCCGGCCCUGCAGGCAGGUACCUGGAGGGUGACGUGUGGGGCACCGCGGGUGCCGCCGUGCUGUCGUCGGGAGCCGUGGCCGUGUGGGACCUGCUGCGGGGCCGGUGCACGGCCGUGCUGCCCGCGGGCCCUGCGGGGCGCUGGGCACUGGCCCGCUGGGCCAGCGGCGGGGCCGGGCUGCUGGCCGGGCGCUGCAACGGCACCGUGCACCUGUACCGGUACCGGCCCCCCCAGCCCGGGGCCGCCUGACAGGGCUGGGGCUGU